AUGGAUGGCAUAUCCUCAAUAAGUUUACAACCAAUUCAGAAUUUAGAUGGCUUAUUUCGGAUAUUGGCGGCUAAAGAGACAGACGAUUUACACAGGAUUAAUGUUUGGUAUAAAUUACUUGAAAUAUUAAGAGUAGCCGGGAAUCAAGCGGUAUGUAUCGAUCAAUCGGUAUGUGACAAUUUAUUGUCCAGAUUAUUGGUUUCUGUUUCUAUGGUUGAUGCCGUUGAAGAAGGUAUUGAUUUGUUUGGAGUAGCGUUUACUUAUUGUUCCGUAAAUGAAUCACUUCAAACACUUGUAUUUCAAUUCAUUAGUCAACUUGAAGAAAAUUCUAAUUUGAAUUUAUUAUUCCUUAAGACUUGCAGUUUACGACCCCAUAAAGAUCAUGUUCCCGGGUUCUACGAUAUAAUUUUCCAAUUACAGACUUUCAAAACAUUGGAUGCAAAGGUAAUGCGAUUCUUAGACCUUAACUUGGGAGAUGUCAUAUUAAAUUCAUGGAUUCCGUCUUGGAAAUCGUGGAUCGACUCUUUUAGGAAUAAUUGUAAAGAUUUUGACGUUGUUCAUUUUUUGGUACAGGAAAGAAUACUAAUUAAAACUGUGCAACGUCAUGAAUUGGAUAUGGCAAUUGCAAACUUUCAAGUUUAUCCUAGAAGGUUGAAGGCCUUAUUAAAUAUUAAGACGGAAGCCACACAAUAUCUAUCUCUCAAAUUCAUUAGAAGAUCCUUAAAGUUCUUUAAAUGGUUGAAUAAAGACUUGCAAGGAACUGUCAUAUCUUUUUCCAGCAAUUCUAUGAACAAUCACACCUUCGAACAACUCUUUCAUGAUAAUGGAGAAUUCUAUUUGCAAGUGAUCAUGGAGAUUGUCGAUCAUCCGGAACUAGAACUCUUAGAGGAAUCUCAUCUGUUACUGUUACUAAGAGUUUCUUUGGGACAUGUGUGGGAAAAGUGUAUCAUGUCAAAUCAAAUAUCAGAAGUGCACCAUACUCUUGGAAAAAUGGGAACAACGCAGUCAUUGCCGUCUUUAAUUAACCUUUUGCAAUAUAUUUUAUCGAAAUACUGUAUUAAUGUAAUGGAAUGCAUUAAUAACGGUUAUGAAAUGGAAACUAAUUCCCUUUGGUACAGACAAUUAACGAACUUGGCCAUCCCAGCAUGGUUUGAAGAUUUGAGUCCAAAGAUUCCACCAGUAUCUAGGGCAGUAUUUGGAUUUGAUGACAACAGGAUUGAAAAAGGACAAAUGAUUAACAGUUUUCAAGAGAACUUUAGUAACAUUUUUGAGUGUAUGCAACUCACUUUAUCUUUAAAUGGAGCACUUUUAACCUACUAUGGAAAUAUUGGCUUAAAUCCACUAUGUCUCGGAUCGCAAGCUAUGUCAAAUUGCAUUUCUGAUGUACAAAAUAAGACAGUAUCAAUGCAUUUCACAAUUUACUUCGUUCCUCUUUUUACAGUGCUUUUGUUAUCCCAAAAAUUACUCGAGACUGACGGCGCUAGUAGGACUUUUUUGAAUACUGAAGCAGCUCUAGUAGAUGCAAAGCAGUUAUUCAGGCAAUCUAUUAAACAAAUUGAGUGUAUCAUUGACAAUCAUGGGAACAAUGGAUUGUACCAUCUUAUCAAGUUUGUGUCCCAGGUAAGCAUAGAAAGUUUGCUCUUUCAGGACAUCUCUAUGAUAAUAUUACGCCAUAUCUUCUUUGAGAGUGAUGGACAAUGGAUCUUACAGUUAUGCUUAGCAAAUGAACUGACAACUCAUGGUUUGCUUGAUUACAUCGUAUUAUGGAAUGAUGGAUCAAAAUUGUAUAGUCCUUUCUUCACAGAAAUCUUCAAGCAACCGCAACCAGAAAUCCUUAGAAAAACAGUAGUACUUGGUGACUUGUUUGAGCUACUUAUGGAAAAAACGAAACAACCAUCCAAGGAAGGCAUUUCACAUCCUAAGGUAAGAUCAAAAUUCAACACUAACGCAAGCUCUUUCGUUCCACAAGAUACUAGUAUGCAUACCCGCACACCGAAGAAGAUUGAACAAAGUCCACAAUAUCCCGUGCAUCCUUCUCUCAGCAGCUAUGGAUUCAAACCUGUCAGUGUUAGAACAACAUCCGGGGUUUCUGCAGGUAUGAAUACUUCGUUUGCAGAUUGCUUUUCGGGAGUGUUUAACAGCGAUCAGCAAUCAAAAGCCCAGAUGGUGCAGAACUGGAGCUCCCCACCUCCAGUGUCACAAUACAAUCAGGUAAACUCCACGAAACUUGUUAAUACUGGCAAAAGCUACAUCCUAGGCGGGCAUAAUAGAGCAGUCAAUAAUAGCAGGACUAAAAGUGUACAUGUUGAUGAUUUUGAGCAGCGUUGA